AGAGGAGCAGGGUUACGUACUUGUGCUACGUGUCAGGAAACACUGUUGACAACAUGGCGGCGCAGCAGAGUGAUGUUGACGAGCUCUUCGAUGUGAAAAAUGCCUAUUAUAUCGGCAGCUAUCAACAAUGUAUAAACGAGGCUCAAAAAGUGAAGGUGAGUAUCUAACUGCAUCAGCAGACUGUUUUAAAAUAUAUCAGUUUAUUUGAACGUCUCUGGUUAACUGAAGCUAACAUCUCUAGCAAGAAUGCUAACUGUGCUCGGAACUAUUUUGCUGUAAAAUCCUUAAUUUCAGUCUGUUUUUCUGUCUUCAAAGCCCUCGAGCCCAGAGAAGGAGACCGAAAGGGAUAUGUUUUUGUACAGAGCUUAUAUUGCCCAGGUAAAAGACGAUUUUCUCCUCGUAUAGUUCAGUGUCCAAUAGUGCUCCAUUAGCCUAAUUUUAAUGAAUCGACAGAAAUUGUACAUUAUUCUUUACCAUAGCGACUUGUCUCUUUAUUACAUGAUCUCAAACCCUGCUGCUCACCUCCACCUGUUCUGAUUUCCUGUGCUACAGAGAAAGUAUGCUGUUGUCCUGGAUGACAUCAAGGCUAACUCUUCACCCGAGCUCCAGGCUGUCAGGAUGUUUGCUGAGUAUCUGUCCAAUGAGAGCAAAAGGUACGAGGUUGUAUUUUACAUUUAGGUGAACGGGAGAGUGACAUACGGUUGAAUGAUUGGUCUAAUAAAUGUAAUACAGUGUAGACUCACUUUGAUUAUGGGAAUGCCCAACAAUAGAACUUCUCAUCUCUGCUUAUAACAAUGGCUUUAGUCAUUAAUACCCGACUCUUGAGGAGUUUUCAUGCCUGACCAGAUCGUGCUCAGCAUUUCGCACACCCUAAAGGUAAACACGGUCUAUGCUGGAGUUGUACUGCUGAUGAUGAGUCCUGCUUUUACAUGCUUGAGCUGUAAAAUGCAAAUGCAGUGAAUGAAAUUGACUACUACCAGUUUGCACAAGUUGUCAAUUGUCUUUGGUGUCAAACUUUGUUCAUUGUACAUUAACUUAAUGUUUUUUAAUAAAAGGAAAGCAUUGUGUACACUUUAUUAUAUGUAAAUUCUGCUCAAUAUUUAAUAUGUUACCCAACGAAUGAGUUCUUCACUGUCUUUAGAGUCCUGGUUGUUAUUGUGACUGUACAUUAUCUAGCAGCCUCUCUUGCAGAUCAUGCUAUGUGCUAAAUUAGAGCUUCAUUAGUUGUGAAACAAAGAUUAUCUAUAGUGUAUAGUCUUUAUUUUAGCUGGUAUUUUUGUUGUUGUUGCAGGGAUGCUAUUGUUGCUGAUCUAGAAAAGAAGAUGGCUAAGAGUGUUGAUGCUGCCAACACCACCUUCCUCCUCAUGGCUGCCUCCAUCUAUUACCAUGAGAUGAACACAGAUGCUGCUCUAAGGACUCUGCACCAAGGAGAAAGCCUUGAGUGGUAAGAACAGAUUAAAAGGGUUUCAAGAAAGUGUUGGCACAACCGCAAAGAAGUCUACCAGCUGGGGAAGUUUUUACUACUCAAUUCAAAGUAAUAUUAUAAGUUGCAAAGUUGUUUAUCCUUGUUCUGUGUAACAGAAAACACAUCACUUGCUCUCCAUGUGUCCACACAGGUAGAAAAGUCAUUGCCAUAUUAUUUCUGUGUCAAAUCCACUUUGGGCUUUGACACUGAUUUUCCAAAUGCAGAGGUUUACUAUUACAAGAUAUUCUAAUGAUGUGUUUUAUGACAAUUGAAAGCAGCUAAAGUAUGAACAAGGCUGUCAAGAAAAACAAUAGAUGCAUUUGCAUACAUUUGCAUUUAUAUGAACUCAAUUUGCAAUGAUAUACUUCAUGUUUACAGAUUUACGAUGUAUAAGACAUAUGAAACAUACAGCAGUUUAUAAACACAUUGAUUUGUUAGUUUUUGAGUCACUGAUUACUCUAGAUGGGUCACUGGGUUUGUCAGGUUGAAGACCAAAUUUACCUAAACAUUUGUUUGUUUUUCAGCAUGGCCAUGAGCAUUCAGGUGUUGCUGAGCUUGGAUCGGGUUGACCUUGCUAGGUACGGCAAUAAACAUCAACAGCGCAUGAUUUGCAUCAGAUUGUUAAGGCAGCUUUGUUAUUUGACUACUCAUGGAAAACAUGCAGGUGCUCUGUAAAUGUGCCUCUGAUAUUAUUCAACGGUUAGCAUGUUGACCAUUGUGAAUAUUUAAAAAAAAAAAUUGCAAGGGAACAUGUUGAUUCUUGAAUUUAAGCAAGGUUAGCAAUAUUAGGAGAAACUCUUUCCUUUUGUGUGACUUUGUGUUCUCUGGUUGACAGAAAAGAGCUGAAGAAGAUGCAGGAGCAGGAUGAGGAUGCCACUCUGACCCAGCUGGCCACAGCUUGGGUUAAUAUUGCUGUGGUGAGGAAACCAGAUAUUUAGCUGCAUUUUUGUUACAUCUAAAAAAAACAUGAAUCAGAUGAGAUAAUUUAAAGGUCUACCAUAUAGAAAAUGUCAUGCAUUUGUCAGUGAAUGACAGGGACGCGUAUUGUGAUUUAGUGAACCAUAAACUGGUGAAACGAAUAUCAGGAUGGACAGUGCGAGUAGUAAUAACUAGUGCAGUAUAAAGCUUAUUUUAACAAACCGCUUUUGAAAGGAUCCGAUCAAGGUGCAGUGUUCCUCCUGGCACCAGUACAAGCCCAAAAUUAAACGAGUAGCUGUUAUCUUCUUCUCUUGUUGUUGGCUUUUUAACAUGAUCACAACCUCAAAGAAACAAUUCUCUUGUGUAAAUUCCUUUACAAUCUGUUUGUUUCAGGGUGGAGAGAAGCUGCAGGAUGCUUACUACAUCUUCCAGGAGAUGUCUGACAAAUAUUCGUCUACACUGCUACUCCUAAACGGGCAGGCGGCCUGCUACAUGGCCCAGAACAAGUGGGAGGAGGCUGAGGGAGUGCUGCAGGAGGCACUUGACAAGGUUAGAGGACAGUAGUUUGUUUUUGUCCCUCUUAAAUUUCCGACAGCCACACAUUAUGUUAUCCUACUUCGUGUUAAGCCCAGUUUGUUUCGCGGAAGCUCUCACUGUCUUGUCAGUUCGGUGUUCCUGUCAUACUCUAUAGUUAAACACUUAAUAUCCUAUUCUGACAAGGUUAUAUAUUGAGCUGUGUUAAAAAAAUCGAUACGGCAGUGCAUCUUCUUGUACUGCGUGCAUCUUUGCUUAUGUUACAGAAACGAUGUGGCAGCAAAUGCUGUAAUGGCAGUUUUUAAUCAUGCGUUGCAUAUGGUGCAGUGCAUAACAUAGACUGCAGGUGGCAGUUGGAGUCCAACCUCAUCAUGUGGUGCACAUCUGAAAUCAACAAUCAACAUACACAAGUAGUUUACCAGAAAAGCAAAGGAAUGGGAGCAUUUAGGAUGAAAUACUGCAGCAACACAACAAACAUCCGUCAGCACAUGACAAGACACCAUUCUGAUUAGCUGUAUCUUACACAGCUAGUGCAGCGCCCCAAAAACACACAAUGGAGCUCUCAACUCAACAUAUCCCUCAACUUAUCAAAGGGGUCAAAAGUUGAAAAACACACUAUGUUUUAUUUAUAAGGACUUGAUCAGGCUUGAAGCAGCUGAUUGAUUAGGGUGAGUCAUGCUCUGUAAUCCCCCGUCAUUUGUUUGUAUCACAGAAACUGCUGAAGUAGAAAAGUUAAAUGAAGCUGUAAAGCAAAAACAUUUGACAUUCAUAUACUCAGAUCUGUUAUUAACUCCCUGAGAAAACAGUCAUCUGGGAUCGCUUUAGUCUCCCCUUCAUCUCCACUCCUGCAGUGCCUGUUGUGACAAAGGCAUACAUUUGCUCUAAUGUAUAACAUACACACAAGCUUAAAGCUGUUUACAACAUGGUAAGAGUCAGAGAUAACAUUGUUAGCCAGCCACAACAUGUCAAAUUGUAGAUGUAUUCAUAGAGCCAGCACUUAAAUCCGGACUUCAUGUGCAAUGAUUGUAGUAAAACAUUUUCCAAUCAUUGCUAAUUUACCAACCUUUAUGGACUAAUGUGUUACUGUAAUGGGAUUACAUUCUCCUGUAAUGCAGUAAUGGGAUGUAUCAAUAUUGCUGUCUUAGCAAUCACAUUACCUUUACUAAUAAAACAAUUAGCUUGUUACCUGCAUUACUUUGAACUUUUCAACUACCAGGGAGAACACUCAAACAAAUCAGAGACCCCUUUUAUAUAUUAUCAACUCUACAUAGACCUCUACAUCAACAUAAACCUACCUACAUGAGAGCUGAGUCCCUGUCUUUCUCUAUAACAAUGAAAGAUUUAACUGAAAGGAAAAUGGAAACAACUGUGUAUGUAUUAUAUUUGAUAUAAUUAUAUGUAAUAAAUGUAUAAUAUCAAAUAUGGCAUAUCAACAGAGCUUUAGGGAUGACAGUCAGGUCAGCCAGUUUGUGAGGUUCUUCAUUAAGAGCAAAUGAUCUGCUGUUUCCACUGAAACAGCAGAUGGCGCUAUAGACUCUUUCUUGGUCCUCAGUUAGUGCUCAAAACCAAACCAGGGUCAGCUGGAACUGCUAAAAACUGAAGUGCCUGUUUUGGCCAACUGCAGUGAACAUUUUUCUCCCUCUUUGAUUAUGUUUUAUUUUUCACUUACAUUCAGCCUUCCCCGCAAAAGCCAAGCGUAGUAUUUCUGCUCAGUGUGACAGGUAAUUCAUGGAUGACUUGAAUGAGCAGCCUGAUGCAAAGCAUUCUGGUUAAAUUUUUACAGGGUGUCAGUUACUCAAUCAAGUUAUCUUUCACACAACAGAUAAGAGUGUAACAAGGUUAUAAUGUCACUCUACAUGAAUGUCAGUGCUCCUGUCUUCUUAACAAAACAAGCAAAUGUUUAUUUUCUUGGCAAUGAGUGACAGGAAUUUUGAAAAAAUAUGAAGUGAAGUUAUGUUUACACGUGGCUUUUCUUGUGAAGGAAUAUAAAUCAUAUCAUGAGGGUUUUAUUUCAGUAAAGGGUAUGAACAUGUGAGGAUUGAUUUUCUGUUACUGCAUGACCUCCACUUUGAGUUUCUGAAGUCGUUCUUUGGUGAGAUUGACCAACUCCUUCUUUCUCCAUCUGUCUGCCUCCCCCCCUUUAGGACAGCAGCCACCCUGAGACGUUGAUCAACCUCAUCGUGCUAACUCAGCAUCUGGGCAAAGCUCCUGAGGUGAGACUUUGAACCAUCGACUGUUAACGAAGGAGCUGCUUUGAAAUUCCUCAGUUAAUCGGUUUCUUCAAUGAGACAAACUCAUCCGCAGUCAAAACAAACCCAAAAUCUUCCAAUAAUGCUCUGCACUUCAAUUGAAAAAAUGCUCUCCUCAGUCAUUUUCUGUUUGCUCUGAUUAAAGCAGGUGACGGUUUUCAAUGAGGUGAUUCCUUGAUUGCGUUAGUCCCGUAUCAUGGAAAAUGUCAUCUAAGCGUUUUCCUGUUUUAGUGCUGUGAGUGUUAUCCACUCAUGAACUCAGAGUUCGAAAGGAUAAAGACUCUAUCAGUUUAACGUUUGAUGAUCUUGAUAAUAACGCAAUAGAACGCUGACCAAAUGACACAAAGGAUCAUUUCAAAGUUUCCAAGUGUGAUAACCACUGAUUAGCACGCUGCACCAAAGGUUAGCUGGAAAUAGAAGUGUAACUCUGACACACAGGCCUCUGAGUAGAAGAUAGCAACCUUUGAAUGUACUUAGUUUAAAAGGAGGAAUGAGGAUUAUUUUCUUUUUGUUACAUUUGUGAAAAGAAAAGAGUCAAUAUUUCAGUGGUAUAAUGGUGAGGAUGCUGUAUAACUUACAGAUCCUGAAAUAAUUCAUAUUUGAAGACUUUGUGAACUAUUUUCCCUUUACAAUAUGAGAAUUAAUUUGAGACUGUCAGUGUUAUAAAAUUCUAUAUUUUUGUAUUAAUUUUUGCACUGUACAACUUUAAUUGCAUUUGAUAAUAUUUGAUUGUUGUGUAAUUAAAUAUUAAUUUAAUGAAUAAUUGAUUAUAGCCAAACUGCCCCACCACCUUUUAACUGAGUCUGACCUCUUUGUAGUAAGGAGAGCAUAGAUAACACAUAUGUAUGUAUUUGUUAAAUGAGUGUUUCCAGGUUCCUGAUGAACAGGUUUGAUUGUUCAAACUGUGUUAUGUUUUACACUCUUAUUGUCCCGGUCUGUAAAACAGGCUGAUAUGUCCCGUGUAUACAUGGCUCUUUUAUUUCUGUUUCCCCCUGUUAGUACUCUAACUUUUUAUAUCAUCUGUUAUGACAAUCCCCAGGUAACCAAUCGCUACCUCUCUCAGCUGAAAGAUGCACACAGAGCCCAUCCAUUCCUCAAAGACUAUUUAGCCAAGGUAAGUUCUUAUGCUUGUACGUAUUUGAUGCUGUUUAACUCGCACUGAUGCUGCUGACCUUUGAUAAGGGCUACUCAAGUUUAUUAGAUGUACGCAUUAUUGUUGACAAACCUUCAUAACCCCGACUAUGUCAUUAUUUGAUUACAUAGUGUACUUGUUUUGAUGAUUUUUCACAAGCCAGUGUCCUUGAAAUGAAGUCAUGUCAAAUAUUAAACUUUGAAUCUAGAGUAUGAAUCGUUGUCACUCAUUGUGUUGUAAUGAUGCUGGACUGCAGAUGUACAUCAACACUCCAAAACUAGGUUAGACUGUUACCAAACAAACUGUGUGAUUUACAGCUGUUCUUAUGGUUGAUGUUUUUCCCCUGUGUUUAACUGUUUCCUCUGCUCUUUGUUUUUCCUGCAGGAGAAUGAGUUUGACAGGCAAGUGAUGCAGUAUGCUCCCACUGCUACUGCAUAAAACCUCUGCUCUUGUUAACACCUAUCAUCAGUGGAUUUCAGUAUCACACCAUGAGGACUCUACAGUACUCCUUUUGUCUCGAACCUCUAUACCUAUAUUUGUUUUGAUAUUUUUACUUGUAAAGAAAGUGUAUUAAAAUGAAAAUUGGCUGUUUUAUUUAAACCAGAGCAGAGCUUGUCAUCACUCGGUGCAGAUGAAACACAUCUGCCUUUGUAUAUCCAGUCUUUAUAGAUUAACAUGUCUUUAGGAAGGUAUCAACAGACCUGCUAAAUGUAAGCAUUCCCUUUGAAAUGAUAAUAAAUGUUUCAUACCAGUGU